AUGGACGAGGAGUUUAUCAGAGCGGUGGAGGACGGGCUGAAGCUGUCGAAGCGGAUACGCGGAAGCAAGGACCAUCACCAUCAGGUGCCGCCCACGGGGCCCGGUGGAAUGGAGCGUGGCGGUGGGGGGUCGGUGCUCCAGCCGGCGUCGCCGAUGGUGUAUGCGGUGAUCUACGACCCGGCAAUCGUCGACAACCCGGACGUCCCGAGCUACCAGCCGCACGUAUAUGGUGAGAUGGAUCCGCCCGCGCUGAUCCCUCUGAUGAUGAAUGGCAUCGGGAUGGAGGUCGAGUGCUACCUGGACGCGGCGUUGGUCACCGUGAAGGGCAGCUGGCGCGUCCACUGCGUGACGGGAAGCAAGAGCUGCGAUUGCCGGCUAGUGCUCCCAAUGGGUGAGCUGGUAAGCCUACGAUCUCCUAUGCUUUGUUUGCAGUAGCCGAUAUGUUAAUGCCGUGGAACUCAAUGGAUUCUUGCUUCCGUUAGUAGGAGGCAUGAAUAAGGGGGCGCUUUGGAUUCCUAGGAGGGGACCCGCGUGAGGCAAAAAAAGGAUGUAAGAGUUGUUCUAUGAGAUACCCUUUUGUAUCAUUCGAUAGCAUCUAGGGAUAGAGCUGGUGUUUUGAUAAAUGGGAUGUGCUAGUCCAUGAUUCUGAUAAGAUGCCCAUAGUUUCUCGUUAUGAAAAGGAUGCUCAGCGGCUGUGAAUACUUAGCUGCGUAGCAGCGGGGUGGCCAUUCUCCGAUCCUUGAUGUCGAUAGUAUCGACCUAUAGUCGGUGGUACUGCUCCUAUCCCUUUGUGGAGGAUUGGAUAGCAAUUUAUGACCUUCUAUGGUUUAUUGAUGUGCAGUCUCCUGCUGGAGAUUUUUGUAAGGUUUGGUGCUAUGGUUGACAUUUUAUGGAUGGCAUAUAUGGAGUUGGUACGUCUGUGACAGGGAGACAGGAUUCAACGAGGGGCACUGUUGGUCAACUACCUUAGAUCAAGGAUGUGAGCAUUUGAAGAAUUUGUAAAAGGCAUGAUGUGAAAGAUCAAAAGGAACCUGGGUUUUGUUUUUGGUCUAGAAUUGUGCCUAAGACUGGGAACAGCAAUCUUGCUUAUAUAGAAUGUAGAUCAAGAUGUGAGCUGACUGCUACAAGUUCCCAUUGAAGGAUUGCUCCCGAUUCAAAUAUUUAGUUGAUUGGUGAAUUGUUAUACCCAUGUGGCAGAAUGAAACUGUUGACUCGCCUGUUCGGUCAAAGAUCAUGAAAAUGAGGAGACUCACAUCAACCAAUUAUACAAUGGUGGAUCCAUAAAGAUUAAAGUCCCAACAUGGGCUUGCAAUUUGACAGUCUAGGAAAGAGCUCUAGGCCAGAUUCAAACCUAGAGAUUCAGGUGGCCAGCUAGAUGACUGUAGAAAUCAUAACUGGUUGUUCGACCUGAACAUUUAAGUCCUGACUCCUGUCGUUCAAGUGUAGAUGACGUAAAAGACAUGUUGGACGAGUCUGAUUUGAGAAUAUCAAUUAAACUUGUACAUUUGCAAUGUCUUUGAAAGCAUUUAAAUCCUGAUCUCCUCCCGUCGGUUUAAUGUCAUUUAAAUGAUUAAUAUAGAUCAUGGAGAUGAUUAACUUAGAUCUCAGACUUCAUAUAAGGUUCCAGAUCAACUACAUUCAUCAUGUGCUAUAGAUCAUGGCGGCUGUGGAUUUAAUCUGCUGUGAACUUUGGAAGACUUGGCUAUUAUGAAAUCACGUGACAGUUAAGCACACUAAUUUUCAUAGCCUAAACCAGAUAUUCUAUUAUGUAUCUUCCAUAUUUUAAUAGCAUGGUAGAGGUUCAAAUUUCCAGUCAUUGAAGUGUCAUUCCUUUACCUAGUUUUUUUUUUAAAAUGGAUAUAUGUUAUGAUGAAUGCCUUCAGAAACAUCAAAUUUUUGUGUCAAUGGGGCCAAGUAGAAACUUUUGCAACUUUUUUCAUUUCGCAUUUAUAUAAAAAUUGAAUUCAAACCUUACAAUCGUGUGUUUAUCUAUUACUGAAAAUUAUGAUUACUAAUAUUCCAUGCAUUUGCUCAUGGUGUUUAGCUUGUUUUAGUUCUCUUUUAACUUUUUGUAGCUCUCCCAUUUAUGUUCCUAUUCUAAAUCAAGAAGUGAUUUGGCUGGCAGGGUUCGAUUCUAGGUGUUGAUGCUGCCAUUGGUAAAAGAGCAUACUUCACUCAAGUAAUCCAAACUGAAGAAGAUCAGAGUGUAGAGAAAACUGCAAAAACUGAAGCUGGAGGCUAUUUGAAACCUCAGUUGUUUUCCUUAAUUGUACCCCAGGUGACAUCCCAGUGCCAUUUUUUUGUUUUUAACAUGCAUCACUCUAUUUAGCAUUUUCGUUUACAACUGUUGUGUUAACUUUCAUAAAACCACUGUUGCAUUCAUUCCACUUACGGAAAAACUUUAGACAUUAAUGUCAUCCUAGCGUUUUUACGUUAUAGUCAUGAAUUUCCCUUUUUCUUUCUCUGAAGGUGAAUGGAGGAUCAGUUAUUUCUCUUUCCAUCAGAUGGGUCCAGAAAUUAACUUAUAGUGAUGGGCAAUUCUCUAUUAGCAUACCGUUUACCUUUCCAGAAUUUAUUAAUCCAUCUGGAAAGACAAUUAAAAAGAUGGAAAAGAUAAAGUUGAACAUACAUGGUGGUGCUGGGAAAGAAAUUUUGUGCCAAAUGACAAGCCAUGCAUUAAAGGUAAGCACACUUAUUUGCCAUUGUGGUCAUUUCUUUCUGUUUUAGUGACUAUCUGUAAGUUUUCUUCGUUCUAGUUACUUUACUCUGCUUUCAUUUUUAUGAGUUUGACACUUUUAACUAGUUUUCUAAUUAUUCUUUUCUACCUACAAGGAAACAAGACGACAGCCAGGCAGUGUGGGCUUCUCAUAUGAAGGAGAAGUUUUUUCUUGGUCAAAAACAGAUUUUAGCUUUUCUUAUACUGUAAGUUAGAAUUGUUCUGGAUGGAUUUCCCAGAAACGCCACCCACAAAGUACUUUGAUGUAUAAUUGCUAGUUCAGGAUGCAGUUCGCAUCCCUGCAAUUUCAUUUCUGUUUUUGAUCCAUAACUUCACUCUCAUCAAGUUGAGUCCUAGCCUGUAUGCAUAUAUAAAUGCAUGUGUAUACGUAUGUUAGUGUUAAAAAUCAAGGUUAAUGCAAUACUGAUGAGAAUCAUGUAAUAAAGAUUAGCAAGUUUACGGUUAAAAUAUAUCCCUAAGACCAUAUAUGCUGGUGACCUAUACUGUUGCCUGUUUCUGGUGAAAAAAAUCGAAUGGGUACUCAUUUUUUGUUGAGAUUGGUUUCUGCUGUCCCUUUUUAUCGAUUUUUACUUUUGCAGCCCUACUAGGAUACAUUUCUCGGCCAUGGAUACCCUUGGUUUCAUAAUAUUUCGGCUCAAACAUGAUUAUUAACUUUUGGCCUUGGAUGACCUAUAUGCACAUUUUGAGAUGGGACAAUUGAUUUAUUAAACCGAUGACCACAAUUUCACAAAGCCUUCGAGUUUUUUUACCAGAUGACUUUGUGCCAUCAAAUAAAAGCUCCUAAUAAAGUCGGAUGAGCAUACUCUCGGAUGUUUCUUCCCUGAAACUUUAUAAGAGAAAUUUUAAAUUGUUAUGUUCUUUGCUGAUAUAUUUUACUUCUUGUGUAUUUGACCACUGCAGGUUUAUUCAAAUGAUAUAUUCGGCGGCAUACUCUUGCAACCUCCACCUAUGAAUGACAUAGAUCAAAGAGAGAGGUUCUGUCUCUAUUUUUUUUCUGGGAGUAACCAACGGAGAAAGGUACCUAAUCGUGUCUUAUCUUCAUCAUUUUCUAAUGCAUACCUUCACAAACCUUCUUCUGUGAACCCCUACGGUUUUGAUGUAGGUUCCACCUCUACUGUGAAAGGGCUUUCUAUUAUUAAACGUUUGUCAUGUUCUGACUGUCAUAUUCUUCAUUAAUGAUCUGUGGUAUCAUUCAUGACCAUUGCAGUUGGUGCCUGACACAAGAUGUCAUCAAUGCGUAGACUGAUGCUAUUACUGCAAGAAUUCAGAAGAAUAAAAAUUUGUCAUUUCCGUCUGGUGGCACGCAAUCACUCCUUUAUCAUCAUAUUGAUGUUUUAGAAAAUAAUAGUACACUAUUCAAUUCCGUAAUCAUCAUGGGAUAAUUGUACAUUGUCAUCAUAACCUCAUUGUUAACAUUUUGUCAUUUAUUAUCCAUUUCUUUGAACUUGGGUUGAUGUAUACUUCAAUGAAUGGUAACAACAGGUUUUCAGGAAGGAAAUUAUUUUUGUUGUUGAUAUAAGUGAAAGCAUGAAUGGAGUGCCUCUUGAAAGUGUUACGAAUGCACUGUCAGCCGCCACAUCGGAGCUGACUCCGCAUGAUUCAUUUAACAUAAUAGCUUUCAACGAUGAAAUCUAUACUUUCUCGCCAUCUCUGACACGAGCGACCCAAGAAACCGUUGAAAAUGCUAUUCAGUGGAUGAAGCAAAGUUUUGUUGCUGCUGGAGGAACGAACUUUGUAAAACCCUUGAAUGAGGUGAGGUUUUCGAUUUUAGCCAGAAGGUAUGAGCUUCUGGUUGUAUGGAUUCAUUUUAUUUUCAUAUUAUUGCUAGAAAUCAUAGACAAUAUUACAUAAUUGUACAGUUUAUUCUUUCUCGUUUUCUCUAUUAGGCUAUGCACAUGCUAUCAAAAACCACGAAUUCAAUCCCUCAUGUCUGUUUCAUCACUGAUGGAGCUGUUGAAGAAGAAAGAAGUAUUUGCUCUACUAUGAGAGCUUAUGUCAACAAUAAAGGUUCCAUAUCCCCUAGAAUUUCUACCUUUGGUAUAGGUAAUCACAAUUUAAACUUCUUUUAUUGCUUCCUUUUAUUCUUGACGCUUUUCCUCAUCCUCUGACUUCUUAUAAUGUGUGGCGCUUUUAAGAUUACGUCAUAUGUAGGCCUCUACAGUUUGUGGUUAACUGUCAAAUCCGAGUAACCCGAAGCAAAAAAUAUAUGCUAAGCAACUCUAGUUUUUUAGAGGCAUUUGCAUAGAUCAGGCGCCGCUUAAAUAAUUCCCUUUUAAGGCAACGGUGCAUAUAAUGCUGAUGUAAGGUUUAUUAUCCUAAAGUAAUUGAAGUGAGAUGAAAAGGACCUCAGAGUUUCAUGAUUUUGACAGUUUUGGGCUAAAGAGUAUGCGUCACAUAAUGAAUCUCAAAACUCAAAACCGCUAGGUGUAUGCUUGACCCCUAUGCCGAUAUGUCUUCACCUGUGGUACUCUCUGAUGUCGAAGUUACUAGGUUUGGUGCUUGGCACAGAAACACCUGUCUACUUUUUGUCAAAUUCUAUUCAAAAUAAUUCUUUUAUUGAGGAAUUUAGUACCUCCCCACCCAUUUCACCAAGAGACCUGACUACCCCUUUUUGCACUGCCAAGAGGCUCAAAAAAUGAUGGAUUUUUAUAAGAUUUGGUCCCGUCCUAUACCACUUUGACCAGAGAAAAAGUGACGCGAAAAUGAAGUGGUUGUGAUGGACAAGACUACGACACAUUAUUUAAAAUACUGAAUUGAUAUCAUAUGAUUCUUACACAUUUAAAAACAAGGUACACGUUUCCAAAUAUUCAGAACCUCUUGAUUGAACAUAAACUUAUCCAAGAGCAAAUAACCACUAAAAUAAUUUUGAUGUAUAUAGUACAUAUGAGAAUUGACAUCAUUAACUGAUUUUUUUUACAAGAUUGAUUUGGGGAAAUCCAAUGCUAGUAUUCUUUGAGUUUUGUUGAUAUCCUUUGGGAAACUUGGAAUGUUUGUCGUUUAGGUUUCAUGCAUCAUCAAAUUUAUGUAUUGAAAUUUUACUUACUAUAUUGCUAGGUUCGUACUGCAACCAUUAUUUCUUACGUAUGUUGGCAAGCAUUGGGAGGGGCCUGUACGAUGCAACGUUUGAGGCAGGUUAGCAUUUAUAAUCAGUCUUUGUUUCCAGUUAUCGAGUCAUAACGAAAUGGGAGAUCAAUGGUUUUAUUCAUUCAGGGACAAAUACAGGUUUUCUCUGUGGAAUCAUUGGAUACAUCAUGCUUUGGUUAUGAGCCCUUCUUUUUAUUGGAACUAUGAGCAUAUGGCAUGCUUGAGUUUAGAAACAGAGGAUCAUUACUGCUGCCUUUUUAUUUUCUAUCAUGCUUCCAAUGGAUCGAAGCUCUUUAAGAAAUUUAUGUCACACAAAAGAGACACCACCUAUACAAAUUUGAUUAGUCUAUCUAGCUUUCUUUUUAUAGGGGGUCUAGGUCACAGCGAGCUGAAAGCUCUCUUUUUGUUACGUGACCCAGCCAACAAAAUUACAAUGAGACAAGAAUAAACGGAUUAGGUAUAACUGAACUAUCCUGUCUUGGAAGUAAUCUGAUUUUCUCUACAUUCUUGAAUACUCACCUUUGCCAGGAUCGGCUAAGUGAGUUUGUCAAACCUAGUUGGAUUUGCCUCUUAUUAACCUUUCUGGAAGGAGUGCUCACGUCGGACCAUUUAUUUCUCAUAAUUGGCUUAUUCCAUGCUUAUUUCAUUUUCUCUUGUUUCAAGAAGCAUCAGAAUUACAUGCUUGAAAUAAUCAAGAGAUGGCCAAUAUUCCGACAGAAACCAAAAAUUUUGGGAACAAAGAAGGGAUUCCGUGGCUAUGAUUUUACUUUGGUGUAUUUUCUUUUUCAAUGGGAGUUCUGCGCCUGUAAAUUCAAUUUUUCUCGUUCAAUUUUCUUUGUCUCCUUAACAAAAGAAAGUUGUCUUCUUAUUUUGAACACCAUUUCCCUUCCUAAUAUGUGUACAGUUUUACUAUGGUGGAUAGAAGUAUGGAUUAAGCAUGGCCUUUAUGCAAUCUGAAUUAAUUUUCUUUGCAUUGCAAGGUUCCAUUGAUAUCCGAAUGCAAAGAUUUUUCAAGAGGAUUACCUCUCCUGUACUUGCAAACAUAGCGUUUGAUAUUUUUGACGAACUUGACUCAUUUGAGGUAUGUGAUUAGCCAAGAUCUUUAAAUUUAACUUUUUAUGCUGCUCUUUAAGUUGUACAUAAUGAUGACGUGUAUUUCUAACACUGUCUAAGAUCCUUCAAAGCAUAAUGGAACCGUUUAACUCAAUCAGCAAUUAUUCUAAUUGAGAGCUGAUUAACAAUAUACCCAGUUUAUAUUACUUGUAUAUCUUUGCUUCAGUGAGGAACUCUGCAGACUAGAAAUAUUUUAAUGCACCAGUCUGCAUAUAUGAUUGUCACAUGCUGACCUUGCAGGAACGGAUCUUUAGUUGUCAAUUUGUGUUGAAAAUAUAAGCAACCCACUUGGUUGGCACGUGGUUACAAUUUGUGAGGUUUUAUUAUUUUUCUCUUGCAGAAAAUUUCAUUGGUUUCAUUAUUGGAAUUGGCACAGUCAUAUUCCUAAAAGCAACGCUGAUUGCACCUUUCUUCCAUUGUUAUCAGAUAUUUGUUUGAAACAUCAUACUUCAUCAUUUGCUGCUGGCUGUUUCAAUAUCCUCUCAUCAGUUAACAUGAGGUCAUGUCUCAUCUUUUAGGUCUAUCCUUCCCAUGUUCCAGAUCUUUCAGUUGGAUGUCCUCUGGUUCUAGUAGGCAGAUAUCAUGGGAGAUUUCCAGAGACUCUGAAAUCUAAGGGUUUAUUAGCGGACAUGACAGAGUUUUCAAUUGAACUGAAAACGCAAAAGACGGAUAUCCCUCUGGAGAAGGUAAAAUCAAAUCUUUGUCUUGCUUUGUAUUCGAUUAUUCCAUUUUUUUACUCUAUAUUUUGCAUCUCGACUUUGUUCAGAUCCUAUCUUCUUGUCAACUGAUUCAGCGUACUAUUUUGGCUUAAAGCAGACACUAAAAUUGAAAUGUGAACCUGAAUUUUAUGAAUAGACAAUGUCUGACAAACAGUUUUCACGCAAAUUGUUUGCAAAACGUAUCAUUUAGGUUUGUACAGCUUUAUACUUAUGUUUCUGCUUUGUUUAUCUCGAGUUUUCUCUCAUUCACCUUAUAUUUUCCCUGGAUUAAAUUUCCCCUUUAAGUUGAGGGUUGACCUUGUUUGAACGGGAGUGACACAGACUCACUGCAGACUGCUAAAUAAAUAAGAAAGGGCUGUAUACGGCAUCAGGUUUUCCCAAUUAUAUUAGAUCUGAUACACGACUAGUAUAGCUUGCCAACUGUUACCAUAUCUCCCAUUUUCCUUUCAAUAUAAAGUCAACUUUUUUCAUCCAUUACCAUUGAUGCAAAACUACUGCCAUCUUUCUUUAUACUGGGCGAGGGGUUGAGGGGGGUUCACAUUUCAAGGAUCAUCAAAUCUUUCUCUUGAAUGUGGAAUUGGCUUAGGCAAAGAACACACCGGUUGCAGGGUGUUAUUGUCAGCCAAGGGUGGACACACAAGGCAUCUUCCUUUCACUACGAGGAAUGACUACUUCACUAGUUACCAAUUUCAUUUUCAAAUUCAAUCCCAGACCCAAGUGAAGAAAUCUCUCACGUUUAUAUUUAUCUUGCGGAAGUGAAGCACUGCUUUGCAACUGGUUGGGUUGUGAAACUUUUGAUAAGGGUUUACUGUGCUUUAUAUUAUUCCUUGUCUUUCUUUCUUCUGCCUUGAACAUCUCAUUAAAAGUCUAUAAUAUAGCUUAUUUAGUGGAAAAUUUCAAGCUUCGUUGUUUUCUCUUCCUUUAUAAUAAGUGAUUAAAUUUAAGGAACGCGAUAUGACAACCAUGGUUCUUCAUCUUACAUUAUUUUCUGAACAGGUGUUUGCAAAACAUCAGAUUGAUCUUAUGACAGCCCAGGCGUGGCUUUCUGAGAGUAAAGAGCUAGAACAAAAGGUAGAUGGAAAGUCAGAAAUCAAGUGCCUGACGUUUUGCUGAGUUUUUAUUUUGAUUUUGGACGCCAACCACUGAUUUAUAUUCUAUCUUGAAUCUAGUUGCCUUUGUUUCUAACCUGGUUGGCUAUAUUCUAUUAUCAUUAUAACCAUGUCAUCUAUUAAAAAUCCAGAUAUAUUUCCAUUCCUUUCUUUUAACUUUCUGAUUAGUGUGCUUGCGUAGAUACUCUUUUGUCAAUAAACAGUAUUACGAACCUGGGACUUUCCAUAGAGCAGGUCUUCCCUUGACUGCGAGCCAGUGUUUGUUAGACUUGUGACCUCGUUCUUCAGCAAAGGUCAAAUGGGAAAGAUCAUCCUUUACUGGGACCUUUGGAGACCCCAACUGGCCUCGGGUGGAUGGAAACCAGCCAAUUUAGUGCAUAGUAUCUUUUGUCAACGAAUCAACUGAGCAGCACAUAGAAAUUGAGCGAUUUUCGGAGAUCAUGAUUGUCAGAGGAUCAUUCAUAGUAGCCGGAAUCUGGCCAAAUCUCAUCUUUGCAGAGUGGAGCUCAGAGCUAAACUGGCACGCACCAAAAUGGAUAACCCCAAUCAUCUCAUUUGUGUUAAAGUCAAAUGACAGAGAGGAGAAGCCAAGGAUGGGGACCACUACCCGUCCGCAUUCAUGACUGCUUCGUUGAUUAUAUUUUCAAACUUUAUGAUUUAUUUUUGUCGAAACUUUCUAUUUUUCUUUUCCAAACCAUAUAUUUUACACCACCACUAAUAGAAGCAUCGUUCCCCCCAUGAAUUUCUUCGGGUACCCAGCAUAUAUCAUGCCACCGCAUAAAAACCUGCUCCCUUGCUGUGCAGAUCUCCCGGUUAAGCAUUCAAAGUGGUGUUGCAUCUGAGUUUACUCUCAUGAUCUUGCGAAAGGAGGUGGAGAAGGAUGGACCAUUGUCUCAGGUAUCCACCAACUCUAUCACCAGCUUUGACUUAUUAUGUUGAGACUUCUGAUAUCUUGCUAAAUCAUGGGCCGCUGACGAAUGCUUUGACUCUGGGUGUCUCAUCUUUUUCUAAAAAUAGACAAUUUUAAUGCAAUUGGAUGAUUAUUUUUGCUGAGAAAUUUCAUCGUAAUAUUUCUUUUAAUGAAAUUGGGUAAAGCCGUGGGCCGCCCAUGAUUCUUGACAAAUAUGGCUAAACCCAGAAAAUAAUUUGGCCAAAUUUAGGAGCUGAGAUUACUUGCUAGAACCCCCCACCCUACUGGGAAGCAUAUUUCUCUAUGAAUUCUCCACGGCCCACUAAUCCUUUCAAAUUGUUUUCUCCAGGGGAAUAAAUUGGAGAAGCAGAAGAGCGUGGCACCAAAGGAGAUCCCAAUCCCAGUGGGCGGCCUCGCUCUUGGGUUCGGCGAUGUCGCCGCCACGGCUGAGAACCUGCCGCCAGGAUUUGGCGGGGAGUCGCCGGAGAUAGACAUCCAGGCCACGGCCGCCAGGUGCUGCGGCAGCCUCGCGGACUUCUUCUGCUGCAUGUGCUGCAUCCGGGCAUGCUCUCGAAUGAACGACCAGUGCGCCAUAGUCAUGGCCCAGGUCGUCACUGCCCUCUCUGUCCUCGGCUGCAUUGGUUGCUGUUCGGAGAUGUGCGGCAGAGGCUCUGAUUAG